CGUUUGUUAGAGUCCGUCACAAAUAUUAAAAUAACUCAAUGUAUGUGUUUAACAAAGUUUUAAAUUAAAUUACUACCGUGAAUGAAGUCCACGAUUUUAGCAUUCAUAUUGGUGCUAAUAAUGGCCGCCAGCUAUUAUAGAGAAGCCAACGGCCAGGCGUACGGCGUGAACUACAACCGCUAUAAUAGUGGUCUAUACGGGCGCUCCAACUAUAACGCCCGUUACGGAGGUGGUCAAUACACGCCCGACUAUACCGGCUAUACUAACCAAUACUACAACCCAUAUAAUAAUUAUCAAUACUAUGCAUACUCAUACCCAUAUUCUCGUCUGUACGGUUACCCAGGAUAUGGCACCUAUGGCUAUAACCCCUAUGGCAAUACGUACGGGACAUAUGGCGCCGGAUACGGGACUGGUUACGGAGCUGGUGGUGUAGGUGCUGGUGAA